AUGGAGAGCAAAAAAUCGGUAAUUGAUGCUGCUCGCGAGGGAGAUACUGAAAUACUAAACAAACUGCUUCAAGAAAAUCCAUCCCUUCUUGAUGAUGUUGCAUUUGGUAAUCCUCCGGAGUCUGUUCUACAUGUUGCAAUUAAAGGUGGACAUGUGAGAUUUGUGAUUGAGCUUAUGAAGCACAACAAGAAGCUGGCUAGAGAAUUUGACAGAGGUGGUUUUCGGCCUCUAGAUGUAGCUGCAAUCAUGGGGAACGUCAAAAUGGUGAAACAGAUUCUGAGGUUGGAUCCUGGAUUAUGUCUUCUCAAAGGAAAAGGCCAAAGAACAGCUCUCCACUAUGCUGCUAGUAAAGGGAAAGUUGAGGUUAUAGAUGAAUUACUCUCCUCCUGCCCUGAUUGUCUUAAAGAUGUCACAUUUAGUCAGGAAACUGCACUUCACCUGGCUCUAAAAUGCUACCAAUUUGAAGCAUUUAAAGUUUUAGUCAAGUAUCUUGAAAUUCAUAUGCUACACUGGAUCAUAAAUUGGCGUGAUUUCAAUGGAAACACUGUAUUGCACCUUGCUGCUUCAACAAAGCAACAUGAGUGCAUAGAAGUACUAUUCAGCAGCAGAGACAUCUAUGCAACUGUCAAGGUGAAUGCCAAGAACUUCAAGGGUGUGACAGCUGCUGAUAUCCUCGAUAUUGUGAUGGAAAGUUCGGAUGAUUUUCGUUCAAGACAAUUGAUCUUACAACAUGCUAGUGGGGAUCAUUCAACAAAUUCUGUUUCUCAGGCCAAACAUCAACCGAAUAGAGCUGAUUAUCAGUCACAACCUUCAAAGGACUGGUUCAAGUAUUUCAAAUUCCAGGUCCAAAGAGAUUCCCCAAGUGCUACACGCAAUGCACUAUUGGUAGUUGCUGCCUUGAUAGCCACUGUUACAUUUCAGGCAGGGGUAACACCUCCAUCUGGGGUCUUAGAUAAGCCUAACCAGCCAAAUCCUGAUCAGAAUCAAGCUGGUUUGCCAUCGCCACCUGCGUAUAACCCUAUAGCAGUUUCUGGUCUUGCUGCUGCCUCAGCAAUCUUUGGCUCACAUGCUACUUCCUACUUAUUCUUGUUUUCCAAUUCUUUAGGCCUCACAGCAUCACUAAGCAUCAUAAUUUAUCUCACUGGAGGGUUUCCAUUCCAAAGAGAACUUCUGAUAUCUAUAUUUGCUAUUCCAAGAUUAAUUCCAUAA